AUGUCCGCCGUCCUCGGUGACAAGGACAUCAACGCCGCCAUGGAGCAGCAAAACGCCAUCAAGGACGUCAAGAGCAUGGAGUACCACCGCCAGGUGUUCCAGUCCAAGAUGGCUGCUGAGCCGUACGCCCUACUUUCCUCGCCCGCCGCGGCGCUUGGACGACCACCGCGUCCGAGCGCUGCCGCCGCUGCCAGCAGCUCUGCUGAUGCUGCCUCUAGGACCAAGCAAUAUGUUUCUCCGUCGGAUAAUAUCAUGAGCCCUUGCACGGCCAAGAUUAAUGCUCUGCGAAACAAGCACGCCAGCAAGGCCAAGCCCAAGUCUCUCUUUGCCCAGGCGAGCGUUAAGAAACUCAACGGCGAGAAUGCCUUAGGCGCCAGGUCUAUCCAGCAGUGA